AUGAACUUUCUCGGUCGGCAGGUCAGCAGCAGCGGUUUGGCACGGUCGCCCAUUCAGAUUCUCCAGCGCGGGCUGAAGAAGAAGACCACUAUCCCUGUAAAGCUAAUCAAGGACGUUCCGCGGAUCGGUGCGGUGGGCACAGUCAUCGAAGUGGACCCGGCUUAUAUGCGCCACGAGCUAUUCCCGAAGCGCCUGGCCGAUUACGUGAUUGCGCGGCGCGGGCCGCUCGACCGCAGCAAGGUUCUGGCUGAGGAGAAGGCGGCAGAGGGGCCCUCACGGGCAGCCUUGGACCAGCAGCAGAAGGUGCACGCAACGGCGCUCGGCAACCAGACAAUGAUCCAGCGGGUCGUGGAGCUGCCGGUGAUUGAGUUUGAGAGAAGCGCUGUGGAGGGAUCUGAGGAGAACGAGGCGAUUUACGGAUCGGUUAGCAAGGCCGAUGUGCUCAAGGCACUGGGCGAGCAUGGCAUCAAGAUUGAGAAGGAGGCGCUGGCCAUGGACGACAAGAUCAAGACGCUGGGCGAGUACACGUGCGUGGUCAAGCUCAUUUACGCUGGACAGGCAUCGUUCACGAUCAGGGUCGUCAAGGCCGAGAAGGCGGACAACUGA